AUGAUGUUCAACUGGGAACAAAUUUCACUGAUUUCCAACAGCGAACGGACUCCUGAAUUUGUUGCGGGAAAUCCCAAAGAAAGAAAUUUACAGCCUCAAGCACACAUAUCAGAAGAUACUAUUUUAUCCCCCAGAUCUGAUGAUGAUUUUAUCCCAAAGCAAGGGUUUGCUCAAUUCUCAGACCAUGCUGCAAGGCAUGCUUCUGAAUACUCUGGGUCCAGCUGGCGUUCAACUCCACAGGAAUUUGUAAAUUCAGGCCCAGCAUUUAAAAAUAUCCCAAAAGUUCCAUCUAUAAAAUUGCACGGAGAAGUCUCUUAAUCUUAAUCUUAAUCAUUUAUAACAUUUUAUGUCCACUACAGGGUAGCCUUGUCCAGAGAUGCCAAUUAAAAUAUGGCGUCUCCACUUGGCAUGGCCUCCGGCCACGCAGCUUCCGAGCACAUAUUUUAAUUAUAUCCGACAAGGCUUUACCAAGCUGGAAAAUGGAUGAUAAUGCUAGGUAAGCACUCCCAUGGCGUAGGGAGCCUAGCCCUAGUCCUUUUUCUGGUUUGGGUUUUUACCUCGAGGGCAAAGGAGACUUGUAGCUGGAAAAGGUGUUGCCCAGCAAAGUCCUUUGGACCAUUCGGGCACUGCGCUACGUGAAACUAGGGGUUACGGCCUUGGCUACAAGUUAGACCUUUUGCCGACAGUGGGCCAAAAUCCAUUUUUUGGGCUUUGUGCAGGCAACCUCGUCGCCUAGCCUAAAGAAAGGUCCCGGGAACUCAUAGUCUGCCCACUCAAGACUGGAGCCACCGCGGAGUGUCAAGGAGGAGAGACAGAGGAAACCGAGAGGAAGUACGCGUCCCACAAAGCGGAUGUAUUCCCUGGUGGAUCCUUGAUAACUGAGUAAGCAAAGGGACUCCAGCUAGCCCCAUAAUAAGUAAGUAAGUUCAGAGCUGCCACCAUAUUUAUCCACGUGUCGGGCCCAUGGACCUCUGAAUCGACUCACUUCAAAUCGCCAAGGCACGGGUAAGUACAGCGUUCCGGCUUCGAAGGGCUUCGCUGCCGCCACAACUUUAUUCCGACUCAGCUCCUGCGCGUGCUCCGCCUAAGGGUCCACCUCCUUCAGGUGUGCUGAGGGGGUAAAAACCUGAGCCUCUUGAUCGCACUGAGGAGCAGUUCCUUUGGCUAUCCCCAAAGUUAAAUCGCUAUUGCUGUGCAGAGAAGUUCUCGAGGUAAAACCCAACUCCAUAAAUAAAAUGGCUUUCGCUUCAAGUGAAAUUAGCUCCGCUAAUUUUCUCUCUCUCAAGCAAUUUUAUUUAUGCACUGAGAGAUCUCAUCCGGGCAUUUAUCGUCUAGAAGACAAUACAGGUCAAGAUCCUACUCUCCAUCUCCUAUCCCUUCUCAAUAUAUUCCUUCAAGAGACACAAGCAAACAGCCUACAAUUGCGUCACAGAAAACUCCUCAGCAUAAAGAAAACUCAAUAAGGAUAGAAGAGGACACUAUAAGAUCAAAUAAAAGCAUAAACAGCUCGCAGUCUAAAUAUAACGAAGAAAGCCCUGCCAGGAACCUACUGCAAAGGCUUGAAAUCCCAAAAUACCAAAAAAACGUAGACUCCAUAAUACAAGAAGAAAAAAAGGAAGAAUCGUUUUCAAUUCCAAUAGGAAACACCAGGCUUGAUCUAGUCCCAGGAACUAAUCCUACGUUCACUGAAGAAGAGAUAAAAGAAGCCUUCGAUACUUUUGAUAUGGAUGCGAACAAUUAUAUAUCUGCUGACGAAAUCAGAACAAUUAUGGACACAAUAGGAGAAUAUGUAACUGACGAGGAAAUUGAUGAAAUGGUGAGAAUGCUUGAUCUAGAAGGCAAAGGACAAGUAGCUUUUGAAGAGUUCUAUCGGAUGGCUACGGGCCAGCCUAUUGGGCCUGUUGGCGGUGCUCUUCCCCCAUCUCCUAAUAUGGUUCCUCUUGAGCAGAGCACUCACAAAGCUGCUUUAAGCACUAGCAAAAGUGCAAAAUCCAAUGAAUCCGCCAAGCUCUCGACUUCAAAGUUUUCAAAAUUUUCUCAAGAGUCAUAUAGACAGCAAUCAGAAGAAAAAGAAAAAUCAAAAAUUAAAAUUCCAAAAGAGCCAAGCCCUGAGCGAAGGAAGCAAUCAAUUGAUGAAAAAUCAGCCCCAAAAGUUCUGAGAAGGUUUGAUAUAGAAUCAAUGAAGCCUCAGCUACCUUCUCAUCAAGUCGAGUCAAUUCAGUCUAUAGAUUCAAAAAAAAUUGACGACGAUUUUUUACCACCAGUCAGGAUACGCAGCUUAAAAGACCAGCUGACAAGCCAAAGAACACCUGCACAGAAGCCUGAAGAAAAUGUGACGAAAUCAUGAAAAAUACCUGAAGAAAGUCCGCAAGAAGAAUAUAAAAACAUUAUUAUUCCUACUUUGGAAGAUGCCAGUCAUGAGCAGCAAAGUAAUAUACUUAUAUCAGAAUUGGUCCAUUCGACAUUACUGACACCUCAGGCGGUAGAGAAAUUGUGCAAUAUGUUUAUAGUCAAAACAGGUAGCGAAAGUGGGCAGUUGCCAUAUGAAAAAUUUUUAGAGCUUGUUAAUGCAAAACUGCCACAAGAAAGAUGGCUAGUUGAUGAUAGGGUUACUCGCAGGAUUUUUUCAGUUUUAGAUAAAGACUCAAAUGGAGCCUGGAGUAUCAGAGAAUUUGUAGGUGCUAUUUCAAUUUUAGCAAGGCCAAACAAAGAUGACCAAUAUGCUUUAGUUUUUAAAAUCUUUGAUACAGAUGACGAUGAUAUAAUUACAAAAAAUGAAUUAACAAGAAUUUUAAAAUUAAAUACAGCUUCUGUUAAGUCUGAUGAACAAGCUUUGAAAAAAGCCCAAGAAAUUUUACGCAUGACUGGAAACGAUGAAAUGAUGAAUUUUCAAGAUUUUUUGAGGCUCAAAGAAAAGCCAGUUAUGCUGUUGUUUCCAUUACAAGAAAGAGCUAGUAAAAUAACGAAAUUACUUGCAUAA